AUGGUGCUGUGUGACUAUUUCACCAACAGAUCCACCUCCAUUACCUAUGGAGCGGACACCAUCCAAAAACCCGUUACCGUGGAUUGCCCGCAAGGGUCUUGCUCAGGCCCGCUCCUCUGGAGCAUUCUCUUAGAUGAUCUCCGAUGUCAAGGAUUUCUAAAGGAUAUACAUACUACGGCAUACGCCGACGACGUAUUAAUAAUCAUCUCUGCCGACAGCAGAGCCAAGUUGGAGAAAGAAGUCAACCGUACCCUCCAGAAGAUCUAUAACUGGGGUCAGUCCAACAGGCUAGAUUUCAACCCCAACAAGACUAAUGCCAUCGUCAUUACGAAACACAACGUUGCUAAACGGCAUCCAAAGUUCCACCUGAACGGUGCCCAAAUUAAUAUCACCCUGUCGUUUGUGUACCUCGGUGUUACAAUCGACGAUAACUUGAGUUGGCUACCCCACUUAGUCAACCUUGUUGAGAAGACUAGUAACCUCUUCGCCUGGUUCACCAAAGUGGCAAGAAGGGACUGGGGCCUGUCAGGCCCCGCACUAAAGACUAUAUACCAAGGUGCCAUUGUUCCAAUGGUAACCUAUGGGGCGAGUGCAUGGGGAGAAAAAUCAACCCAUACCCAUAUUAAGAGAAAAGUACACACCAUACAGAGGAAAAUUCUUUUAAGAGUGACCAGAGCGUACAGGACCAUUUCAAAUGACGCCCUCCAUGUCCUGGCGGGCGUUCUACCACUAGACCAGGAAGUCAACCUAAACAUGGACCUACACCUACUAAGGACCGAAAACAAGAUACCAGCAUACCUAGCAAUGGGUAAUGCGGUUCUGGAGCCCAAGGUCGCGGCGGCCCACUGCUUGACCAACAGGGACAUACCAACUAUCAACGAAAGGAUAUAUUCAACCAACAAGAGCAGCCACAUCGACAUCUGCACAGACAGCAGAUCUGCCAUUGAAGCCAUCAAGGACGUAAACAAUAAGAGUCCACUGGUGCAAGCCAUCUGGAACACUUUGCUCAAUAACUCAAAAAACAAUCGAUAUUCCUUCUGCUGGGUAAAGGCCCACGCCGGCCACCCCAGCAAUAAAACUGCCGACAAGAUCGCCAAAGAAGCGAGCGGUCAGGCCACGACAAACAGUUACAAUCUUAUUGCAAGAAACAGUUUAAAACAACGCUGUAAGGCCUACCACCGUGCCGUCUGGCAGCGGGCCUGGGAGACGUCUGUGAAGGGAAGAGGACUAUUUGCCUUCCUACCGGAUGUCAACCAACAGAUGAGGUGCACCCACCUGUUACUGGACCAACGCACAUCAACCUUCUUAAGUCAACAUGGUAACUUCAACGGGUAUCUCCACAAGUACGGACACGCCGCCUCGCCGAACUGCGACGUCCUGGAAGACCCGAUGCAUCUUCUGUACAACUGCAUCAGACUGGAGAACAUUAGACACGAACUACGACAAGAAUGCUGCCAUGAGGGCCUUACCUGGCCUACCCCACCAAACAAGAUCAUAAACGAGAGACUUUAUAAUAUAAUGCAAAGAAUAGUAAAUAUGUACUACAACCUGAAGCUGGUUUCUUUGUCUCAGUGUGAAUCAACAGACACUACAUUUGGCUCGGUGGGCCAAAGAUUUUUUAAGAAAACUAAGUUUGAAAACUUACGAUCUUCAGACCGAUUUUCCGGAGGAACCGGGUCCGAUAAACCGGAAGGGAAGACGACUCAAGACAAGUUAUCCUACAGUGAGUAUAAUUGCCAAAUUUCUGCUUGA